GAUCAAUUCUCGAUAUAAUAAGCUAUCCAGAUAACCUCUGUAUAGUUUCAAUGCGGAUGGCAUAGCUGAAUACUCAGAUAUGAUGCAGUACCUUACUCGAUACCACCACUCGGGACGGCAUGAAGAUCAUCUACAAGAGCAUGACUGUACGCCUUGUCGACACAAACCCUGCUUCAGUGACUUAUAGCUGGGGGGGCUGAAGGGGAGAAUGCUUCAUGACAAUGAUUAAAAGCCUUGUAGGGCCGCAUUCUCAAAUCAGUCGAUCCAUUCCAUCAACGGAGACAUUUCUGACAGCUGAACAUAUGACCCGUACAUCUAACUAGCUUCAAUUAGACCCCUAAUUUAUCGUUCACUUCCAAUAUGCCUACUAAGAACUUAAAGGUCUGUUUACUUCAGCAUAGACCAGAUUUGGCUAACAUUUUCUGCAGGCGAAAUCCCCUUUUGAGGUUCUCUCACAAUGGCAACUUCCCAAAACCCAGAUUAUGGUUAUUGGCGGAUGUUCACCGGCAUUCAUAUCUAUCCGUGAUGCUGAAAGAAACGCGAUACUUGAUUGACAGACAGUACGAAGUACUCUUAUUCCACUACAACUAUAACUACAUUGUGCCAUAUCUAGGCCCCAAACCCCACUCUGACGAAAGACUCAAGCGGAAAUUCAACCUCUGUCUCGACUAUCGGCCCAAUAUUGCUGGGAAUAAAACACGUCCACUCUUUAGAUUCGUUCUACGAUCACAACAAGGGAAGUAUACUCAGGAAGUGAAAGAUGGUAUGCGUUGGGCACAUCAGUACUGUCCUGCUUUGAGCUUGCCCGCAACAUUCCGGCCCUUAAGAGUUACUUUAUUCCUCGAAAGCUCGACCAGAAGGAUUAUCCCAUAUCUCUGUCGCAGUUUGAAUCGUCAAUUCGUGGGUUGGAUUUGAAACUCAACGCUUCUCUGGAUAUCUUCGAUGAUUUUCUGGCGAGCAGCCCAAAAGGAAAACUGCU